CGAGCGCACAAGCCAGUGGAAAGUUUCGUCGUCACACAGUCUACGGUCGUCACUGACGUCGUCGCGCAGCCAAGGGACAACAAUCACCGGGAGAACGCGCUGAAAUCAACACGAAGAAAUGGGUCGCCUAACAGUACUGUUACUCUGUCUGGCUCUUGUGGUAUCAGUUGUGGCCAGACGAGGAGGUGGCGGUAAAGGCGGAUUCAGUUGGGGAAAAAGUGGGGGAAGCUCAAACAAAGGUGGAAGCAGCACAGGAAGCCAAAGUGGCAGCAGCAGUAGCAAUAAAGGCACUUCAUCACAUGGGACACACUCGUCCCCUGGAAACUAUCCUCGCCAACCUCAAGCACCAAACCAGAAUCCACCCCCCUACCCUGGUACUGGAGGCGGGUAUCCGGGGCAGGGCAGAUAUCCACCAGCAGGCUCUAACCCAGGUCAAGGAUACCCUAACCAAGGAAGCUACCCAGGGCGUGGUGGUUACCCGGCCCAAGGUGGUUAUCCAGCUCAAGGUGGUUAUCCACAAGGUAACUACCCAGGGCGUAGUGGUUACCCAGGACAAGGUGGUUACCCAGCUGGAGGCUCUUAUCCAGGUUAUCCAGUCCGGGGAGGUUCCAGCCCUAACCAGUUUGGUGGAGGUGUUGCAGGUGCAGGUGGAUAUCCAGCAGCGGCGCAAUAUCCUUACUGGAACCCCAACAACAAAAUCAUGAGCCCAGGCUACGGCGGCAACUACGGUAGUUAUGGGUACGGCGGCAGAUCACCUUUCGCCCAGUCAGUGCAUAACAUGGGUAUGGCCCCUUCAUAUAAAUCAAAGGGGUUUGGCAAGCAGGCUAUUUUGGCUGCUGGAGCUGGGGCGGUGGCUGGUAUGGCUCUGGGAUAUGGCCUCGGAAGUUUCCCUCGCCCCCGUUUCAAUUUCCACAGCCCGCAGGAGGAAUACUACUACAAUCACUACAUGUACAGACGUUACGGCCAAACUCCCCCUGACAGUAACGUGAACGGAAACUCUAACACUCAAGGUGGAAAUCCUGGCAAUGCAGGAUCGGCCUCUGCGGGACAAGGAAACGUUAACCCUCAUGACAUCUUCCAGAAUCCUCCACCGCAGUCCUAUGAUAGCUUCAUGGACAAGUGUGUGAAGAGGACAGACUUGCUCCGAGAGAAACCGGAAGGAAGAUCGAGGAGAUCCACUGACUUUGUUGAGGCUCAAGCAGCAGAAGUAGCCGAUGAUCCUACUGGUGCUCAAGAAAACGCCACAAGCAACAACAGCACUGCAGAAAGGGACACAUCCGGAAGCUCUUUAUUCGUAACCUCAAAGCCGCCCGAAACACACAGUCAACCUCAAGAGCAGACCCAGGAAAGAAAAGCAGAAGCUGACGGUGAUGAAGAUGACACUGUUAGCAUUAUGGAGAUCGGCUAUCCUGCGCUCAUUAAGCAAAUGAAAGCACGACGUUGUGUCGAGCUGUACAUGGUCUAUGCGGAAAAGCAUGCAGAAAAACAGGUGCAGGAUCGCAGUAACAUAGAUGAUAAAACCAGCAAUAGUAGCGGUGACUUACCUGGACCCUUUGGCCAUGGAGUCAUGCUACUCUUUACUAGCAUUCUGUCGCUCAUCUUCAUUUCCCUUCUACACUGAUAUUCUGGAAAAGGUUACACAUAAAGCCAUUGAGUCAGACUGAAAAAUGGACCGUUCUCACCCAUCAGAUGUUAUCUGAGGAAUUUGUCUUGGAUGCUUAGAAACUUUGGACAAAGUAUUCUUGAAAGACUACUUCAAGAUUCAACAGAAAGAGCUUCUCACAAUGACUUCUGUAAAGUUACUCUACUAAAUUGCAACAUGAGCCACCUAACAAUUUGUCAUGAGCCCAAAUUUCAAAGCAAUUUCCAAAGGAGCUAAAACAUUAGCAUACAAUUACUUUUUACAGUGUUCACCUUCACCCAUCACUGCCACCUUCUUGCAUGUGUUUUGGUGAACAUUAACUUCUCUUCUAAGACAGCAUAAUGCAUGAACCCUUUAUUAUCUCCAAUUUAAACAGAAUUGUGCAUGGCAUUGUCAUUUGACUUAUUGUUUUCCACUGGCAACAGCAAUUACAACAAACCAUUAUUAUUUUGUUGUAACAUGGAAUGGUGACUUCCAGUUCUGUUCUCAUGAUGGCACUCCUACUUGUGUAGUACACAUGGAAAAUUUUGUGUUGUAAUGUUAUCUCUGAUUGUUUGGACUGUUAACUUAGGCAUUAACUUUCUUCUGAUGUAUUUAUUUAUUUUAAAUUAUUAUCAUAGACAUAAUUUUCAUGGUUUUUCACAGUCCUCCACUGUUAGUUUUGUUAUUUUUACUUUUUAGGGGCCGUUCACAAUGAACAUGUUUUUGCAUUCUACUCCAUUGUUUUUCUGUAUAAACAUGCACUAGAUGGACAUUAUUGACCAUUGACUCUUUUGCCGUAAAAACACAAACACUGCAUUUUUAGAAUGCAGUGCCACAUUAAAAGACAUUCAAAGAUCUUGUGUUUUUUCAUUCCACAUUCCACGUUUUUAAAUGAAAAAACACUUUCUGUGUGAAUGGCUUCUUAGUAAAUGUUUUUGUGAUCAUAACGGUUUGCUUUUUAACUCAAUAUGUACAAUAAUAGCCCCACUUGUCAGUUUCAUUCAUAUCAGAUGUACAUGUACUAUGACACUCAAAGAGAUU